UCUAUCAUCAUUCCCAGUGUCCUAUCAUCUUAAACCUCACAACAUAUCAGAUGGAGACUUUGCCUUUCUUCUUUACCCUAGCAGCCGCUGCAUCUGCUUAUCUCUUUUGGUUCUAUCUCCUUGCUCGUAAACUCACUGGUCCUAAGGUAUGGCCUUUAGUGGGAAGCCUCCCGCUUCUGUUCAAGAACAGGAGACAAAUCCAUGAUUGGAUCGCCAGUAAUCUCAGAGCAACCGCUGGUGCAUCAACCUACCAAACGUGUACUAUAGCUCUUCCUUUCCUGGCUCACAGGCAAGGAUUCUAUACAGUCACCUGCCAUCCCAAGAACAUGGAACAUAUUCUUCGAACCCGGUUUGAUAAUUAUCCUAAGGGCCCUCACUGGCAAACUGCGUUCCAUGAUCUUUUGGGUCAAGGGAUCUUUAAUAGUGAUGGAGAUACAUGGCUAAUACAGCGUAAAACUGCAGCUCUAGAGUUCACUACCAGGACUUUGAGACAAGCCAUGGCUCGGUGGGUGAAUCGGACGAUCAAGAAUCGUCUAUGGAGCAUUUUAGAUAAAGCAGCUACCGAGAAGCUGGCAGUGGACUUGCAAGACUUGCUGCUUCGGUUAACCUUCGAUAACAUAUGCGGACUCACCUUUGGGAAAGAUCCUCAAACCCUCUCUCCAGAAUUGCCUGAAAACCCUUUCGCUAUGGCAUUUGAUACAGCUACUGAAGCUACCCUUCAACGGCUUCUUUACCCUGGUUUCUUAUGGAGAAUUGAGAAGAUUUUAGGAAUUGGAUCAGAGAAGAGACUAAAGAAGAGCCUCAAAGUUGUCGAAAUCUACAUGGACGAUGCCAUAGCAGCACGAAAAGAAAAUCCAUCGGAUGACUUAUUAUCGCGAUUCAUGAAGAAAAGAGACGUUGAUGGUAAUCUGUUUCCAAUCUCCGUUCUCCAACGAAUCGCUCUAAACUUCGUCCUUGCCGGCCGAGAUACCUCCUCAGUUGCUCUUAGCUGGUUCUUCUGGCUAGUCAUGAACAACCCAGAAGUUGAAGCAAAGAUUGUCAAGGAAAUCUCAACUGUACUAGAAGAAACACGAGGCAAUGAUCAUCAGAAAUGGCUUGAGGAGCCUCUAGACUUUGAUGAAGCUGAUAAAUUAGUCUAUCUUAAAGCAGCAUUAGCCGAAACACUGCGUCUAUAUCCUUCAGUACCACAGGAUUUCAAAUAUGUUGUAGCAGAUGAUGUUUUGCCGGACGGCACAUUUGUACCGGCGGGUUCAACUGUUACAUAUUCUAUAUAUUCUGUAGGGAGAAUGAAGAGCAUAUGGGGUGAGGAUUGCAUGGAAUUCAAGCCGGAGCGGUGGCUGUCACCGGAAGGGAACCGAUUUGAACCUCCUAAAGAUGGCUACAACUUUGUGGCUUUUAAUGCUGGACCAAGGACUUGUCUGGGGAAGGACUUGGCUUACCUGCAAAUGAAAUCGGUGGCUGCAGCUGUGCUAUUACGUUACCGAUUAUCUCUGGUUCCCGGCCACCGUGUGCAGCAGAAGAUGUCUCUUACGUUGUUCAUGAAGAAUGGGCUUCGUGUAUUCUUGCAACCUCGCACGCUGGCAUAGGAAGGGUUUCUGCACGGUGCAUUAGUUGGUGGAUUCACAGGAUGCAAGGGUAAUAUAUAGUCAGUCAAUCAGUUAUACAUAUUCUUCGCCUCGUGGAUGUUUUUUUGGUUUUCACAUGUUUACAUAAUUACAUUUGUUGUUUGCUGUGUUGGGUUAAAAUUAAGUGCAAACGCUAGUCUAUAUUGAUGGAUGGUAUACAAAUGAUUGUCUUGCACUAAUGUUGUAUAUUCCAUGUCAACUGAUAUGGUUUUUCGUAUAAUUACAUCAAUAAAUUAAUAUGCACGUUCAA